AUGUCUGAUCGUCGUCGCAGCGCCGAAUGCGGAUCCGUCGGUGAAGUGCCUCUCAACAACGUCCCGCCGAUCAUGAAGGGCGCCUCGGUCCAUGGCUGGCCCGGUGGCCAGGCGCUCGACAUUGAAGAGGCGAUUGCAUCCGAGCAUCAAGCCGUCAAAUGCAUGAUUGAGAAAUUACCGCUACAUAAAGUGGAGGACGCUGUCAGGCAUAUGGAAAGCGGAAGGGUGAGGUUUAUCAGUGUUAAUGUGAAGGAUUAG